AUGAAAUAUACUAAGUUAAAUUUUAUGAUGUCGGUUCUUGGCAUUAUAAUCUAUGUAACUGAUUUAAUUGUGGAUAUUUGGGUGUCUGUCAGGUUUUUCUAUGAGGGACAGUAUGUUUUCGGUAUUUUAACAGUAAGCUUUAUGCUCUUUGGAACACUUGUGGUCCAGUGUUUUAGUUAUUCUUGGUUCAAGGAUGAUUUAAAGGAAUCAGGCCAAGAAAGUCAGCAUUGUUUUCUUCUACUUCAUUGCUUGCAAGGAGGAGUUUUUACAAGGUAUUGGUUUGCCUUGAAAAAGGGUUAUCAUGUGGCUUUCAAGUACACCAGCAAAACGGAUAACUUCGUGGAAGAACAAAUCAAUCCUCAUAAAGAAGUUAUAGAUAGGGUGACAGAUUUGAGCAUGCUCAGGCUAUUUGAGAUCUACCUGGAAGGCUGCCCACAACUUGCUCUUCAGCUCUACAUCCUUCUGGAACAUGGUCAAGAAAAUUUCACUCAGUAUGCAGCCAUCAUGGUCUCUUGCUGUGCUAUUUCUUGGUCGACUGUUGAUUAUCAAGUAGCUUUAAGAAAAUCCUUACCUGAUAAAAACCUCCUUAACGGACCCUGUCCUAAACUCGUAUAUCUCUUUUACAAGUUGUUUACAUUAUUAUCUUGGAUGUUGAGUGUUGUGCUUCUUUUAUUCUUAAAUGUUAAGAUUGCUUUACUCCUGUUGUUAUUUCUUUGGUUUUUAGGUAUAUUGUGGGCAUUUAAAGAACAAACUGAUUUUUGUGCUUCCAUAAGUAUGGAAUUCAUAUACAGGGUUGUUGUUGGAUUCAUUCUUGUCUUUACAUUUUUUAAUAUUAAGGGACAGAAUACCAAAUGUCCAAUGUCUUGUUAUUAUAUUGUAAGGGUAUUGGCCACAUUGGGGAUAUUGAUUGUGUUCUGGUUUUACCCACUCUCUGUUUUUAAUUCAGACUAUUUUAUACCUGUCUGCAUCACUAUAGCUCUUACUCUUCUCCUUGGAAUUAUUUUUCUUAUUGUUUAUUAUGGGACUUUGCACCCAAACAGAAGUGAAGAAACAAAACUGGAUGAAGUAGAUGGAAAACCAGUUCAAAGAGAUUGUAGAAUGAAGUAUUUCCUAAUGGAAUAA